AUGGCGGACCGUCUGCGCGCGUCACUGUCGUCAUUCUUCUCGAAGCAAGUGGAGCGUGGGGAUUGGCCGAGUGCCCUCAGGGCCCUCCGCGGCUGCGCAGAGACGGGAACGCUCCUGCACAGUCUUCCACACGAGACGCUCUUUCCAUUUUUGGUGGCAAAUGGGCAGUGGGAGUCCGUACUGCGCCUCAGUAGCCAACUCAUCGCAGUGGAAGACGCAAAGGGCAGUAGCAAGAGGAGGGGAAGUACGGAGGUCGUAGCUUCGCUGGCGCAGGAAGAGGGAUUGUACAACACGCUGCUUCGCGUGGCAGUUGCCAAGGAGGCAGUGUCGAGUAUGGGGAGUUGGCAGGCGGCCGCGGCCAUUGUGCAGCGCGCGACGCGACGCCGUGUGCGCUUAGAAGCCUCAGUCACAAGAGAUGUCUUGAGCACCAUAGACAAGUGGCAACGUGAACUCGCAACUGACAGCGGCAGCGACAAUGGUAUUCUCUCUGCAGGCGAAGCGAGCCAAACCCCCAGUGAUGCCUUGCUGCUGACACGGGAUCUGCUCGCUGCGGGUCUGCAUCUUCGUGGAGGGUCUCCUCCGAUGCCUGAGCCAGCGCCUAUUUGCCGCGCACCGCGGGUCCUUCGGCCAGAUUUGCUGCAAGCCAUUUACAGCGCGAUUUUUCAGGAAUCGGUGGUGGAUGAGAAAAACGACUCCAUUGCUUGGCAACGGCUGAAGGAGCAGCUGCGCGCGAGUUGUGCACUAUCUUUGCCUGACGCUGUCUACACGGUGCUUCACGUGUGUGCUCCCCACACCUAUUCCAGCGAAGUAGUUGAAGCAGGUGAAACCGUGGAUGAGUUGCGUCAAGCGACUAUCGAUUACAUUGCCGUGCGUCCGGAUUUCGCCGAGGAGAUACUUCAUUGCACGCUGCAGCGUCUGUUUGAUGACGCUAUCGCCGCCCCCCCAACUCCAGGUGUCCUCGAAGUUGGGCACCACGAUGACGCUGCUGAGGACAGGCCUUGCAGCAAGACGCAUGAGGUGUCCUUGGCGUGUUGGCGGCGCGCGCUUGAAAAACAACCUGGGCUGGAGUUGCCAAAAUGGGAGAUGGUGAAGGCGUUAGCCAUGGCGGAGUUGGAGCAACGUGAGCGAUGCUGGGUGAUGGUGGAGGACGGCCUUGGUUGCUGGAAACAGGGACGAAAAGAGAACACGGCCCACGCUUUGACACUCACACGGCUCUGUACUGCCGCCCAGCUACUCCUUCUGCGAGGCGAUGUUGCACAAGAGCAGCGGCAGCAGCCGGGAAUUCCUCUGCCGUUGAACGACACUAAAUGCAUGGAGUUGGAGUGUGUUACGCGUAAAUUGUUUCUGCACGGCGCGGUGGCCGGGGCGAAUGGCGCAGAUGACUCGCUCAUUACUCUCCUGUCAGGCACUAUUCAGUCGCUUGUGACGGUCUACAUUCGACGUUGUUGUUUGGGGGAUUACCGGCAGCGACCGCCCCUGAACGGAGUCGCGGGGGCGCCCGAGCACCGGCUUCACACAUCCGCCGGCUCCAGCGUUGCUUCCAGCGAGCAGCGCAGCAACUCCGGCAGCCUCACUGCUGCUCCCUCAAAGUCGCUACUUGCCUCUGGAAGGGAGGUGUUUUGGGGAAGCAUCCUCUUUCCACACACACUGAGGGGAUGGCAACACACGCCGAUAGCCUCCGCAUGGCAAGCGCUGCUGCGGCACGUUUUACGUGACGCCUCCCUGCUACAAAUGUGGUUUCAGGUUGACAACUCCGUUAACAGCGGCAGCGCAGUACUUGACGCAAGUCACACCUCCUCCUCCGCAGAGACGACGGAAGGCAACGCCGACGGUGGCGGACGUGGUCGCCGAGGUCGCCGACGUCGCCGUGUUGCGGGUGCUUCACAUGUCACCCCCGCCUCUGUCUCUCGUGAAGAGAGGCUGCGGCAGCUGCAGGAGCUGGUGUAUUUCCUCGGUCGAAGAUUUCCGUGUGACACUCACCGUGCCAUGCUUCCCUCCCGUUACGCGCAGAAGAAGGGAGAAACUCGGCAGGACCCACAAUUCGAUGUACCACACACGGCAUGGAUGGACGUCGAUAACAACGUGAGACGAAUUCCCGCCUUGUCGACGCUCUUAACGCGGCAGGAGGAGGUUGACGAGCUUGCACGAGCCCUUUUGCAGGCCUGCGUCAAGGACAACCUUUCUGUAGCCGAUACCAGCAAUAUGUGGCGGACGUUUGUUUACUCUAUUGCCCCGCAACAGCUGGGACCGCUACUACGACGCACGAUGGACUUUGCCGCUACCGAGUUAAGUGAUGGCCGUUGGCAGUCAUCGUGCCCUGUGGCCCUAGUUGCAGUGAUGCACGAGAGUAAUGUCUUCAACAGCGAAGAAAAGGCACGUUACACGGCCCUGUUGUUGAGUUCUGUUCAUCCCGGCACGAAUUCAUGGAGUGUGGCCCUCGCACUUUUUGACGAAGCCGCAUCCAAGAUUAGUGAGCAGCCCCAUGAUGGCAAAAGUGAUACGUCGCUUCGUCAUAUCCUUGACGCUUUGCUGGUGAGUGCAGCACCCCCACGAUGGCGGGAAGCAUUGCAGGUAGUAGAGCUCGUGCAGGAAGCGGUGCCAAACGCAGACGACGCCCAAAACAUAGCGGCGACGAAUUGCAGUGCAGUUCGUACGAGCGGUACUUUGCCUAACCGAACUCCAUUGAGUGAUAGCGAGCGCAUUGACUUGUACGAGGUCAUUGCCCCGCUGAAGCGGCGGCGACACUGGAUGUCUGCCAUGGAGCUGUUUGCCGCCUAUGAGGCACGUCAGCUGAGUGGGCAUGACUGCGCCUGUUUUGCCUUUGCUGUGGCAAAUGGGCCGCUUUACUUCGCCCGUCAGGUGCUACUUUCACUGAGGGGGAGAGAAAAGUCUAGAGAUAUUGCGCGGGCCGCCUUAGUGGCCUCCGAGAGGCAUGUCAAGCUGGCAACGAGAGUUAUGCAGCAACGGCAGCUUCAGCAAGGCGCACAACACAACGAUGGCUCGCUUGAGCAGGAACGAAUGUUUGUUCUCCACGAGGCAAAUCAGGUGGCGCGCCUGGCUCUCGCUGUGUGGCCCACGACCAUCACCAGCGAUGAGGAUUUUGCAUUUAUAUGGAAGCGUGUUAGGGGCGCCUGCGCUGGUAACGUGGCUGCGGCGAAGCUCUUGCUGCGUCAGAGUGAGCUGUAUGGCACGGAGCAAGCCAGGAACGAAGCAACCACCCUCGCGCAAACCGUGCGCCUCUGCCACACCGCACAGGAUGCAGCAAGCGCGAUCGCCGCGUAUAAAGCGUUUCGUGGCCGGUUCAUUGGCAUGGUCUUGCCCGAAGAAACGAUGCUACAGCUACUUACCUUGUGCGUUGCCUGCGUUGUCGAUGCCGUGGACGAUGAGGGGACGGGUGAUGCAAUAACAAUGCUGCGUACCGUGCUCAGGGACACCUUGUGGAUGCACGACUCCUCGAUGCGUUGUGAGGGUGGUCACGCGACGGUGCCGCGAAACUGCACGCUGCAGGCAUGUAGGCUGCUGUUUCGGUUAUCUGCGGCAGCUGAGGAAGAGACCGUGAUUGGUAUUCCCAAGUUUAGGUGCGAUAUGACGCCCGGUAUGCAACGGCACGCCCAAAGUCUGUUAAAUGUGGUUAUAAAGCAUCUUGUGAGCAGCGACGCACGACUACUACGCAAUCUUCCGGGACUUAUUGGUGUACUUCGGGCACUGCCCCCAUCGUGCCUCAAUGCGGCGGCUUCGGCAACGCCGACGUCGUCGUCUCAGACGCCGCGGAUGAAUCCCAUCGCCACCUUAUCCGGUCACGUUGAAGAUCUUGAGAAAACGUUGGGCCCCGUGGUGCCUGUUGAGUGUCUGUUUUGGCUGGGAAUCCUGCAGAGCGAGCAGGCGGUCUCCGGCGCCGCGUCGUUGCCGUCCGCCACAGUUGGAGAGGGAGAAGACGAGGAAGCUGCAAGAAGAGGAUUGAGAGAGGUUUCACCUUGGGACCCUGCGGCGUUUGUUGCUUCGAACGACGCUGUGCGCACACGGGAGGCAACAGCACUGUUGGACCGCGCUAUUUGCUCUGCCGUGGCGGCGGCAUUGCGCCGUGACGCCGACGCGGAGUUGUCGUCGUCGUUGCGUGGCAAACUUAUUCCGUGCAUCGUCGAGGCACUUGUCUUUUUACUGUACCGUCGCUGGCAUUCACAGCCCCCACUUACUGCCACGCUGGCAGCUGCCGCGUACGCAUUGCAGACUCUGCAUGACGCACCAGAGUGGAUGUUAAGUGAGGCUGCGAUGGGGAUACUUGCGGCGCUGCAGACUAUUUUUGGCGCCUUUCACGUUCGUCACUCGGUGUCUGAGCUUGCAGUUCUGGCACAUCCAAGGCACCGUCUUUCCUCGGUUGUGGAUGCCGUGUUGACCGGAACGGCGUACGAGGCAGUGGGGCACAUGCGCGACUUUGUUUUAUUGGCGUCUGCGUGGAUGCGGAAGCAGUUACAGGCGGCGGAGGGUGAGGGGCGGCGGGCAUUGGAUGGAGCACAGACACAAUUUAUGAUCCGGCUUGCAGGUUACUUGACGGGCGCGUGCGCCCCCUGGCCGGACUCAGCACUGCGGGAGGAGUGCAUGCGUCAACUCAGUCGUUCGUGUGAGAUGGUGGAGCGGUGCGUGAACUGCGGGCACGCGGCGUCUGUGUCCUGCAGCGCGCUCCUGCUGCUGCGUGUCACGGGCACAGUCUUGCAGAGGCUUCCGUUGAGCGACGACGCAGCGGAGGCCCUCUUUCGUGCGACGGCCGCUUCUAAACUUUCUAGCAGCAGCGAUGUGAAUGUUGGGCACCCCGCAGUCGAGACGUCCCUUUCAGAUCUUUUCAUGGCCGUGACACUUGUACACAUUGUGUGUCCUGGCGUGCUUCCGAGCAUACGCCUGGUGCGGGCUUUUCUGCCGGCGCUGCAGCUAGGAGAGGAGCUACAGAAGGCCUUGCAUGAUGACGAGGCGUUUGUGGGAGGACUUGUCGCAAUGCAGUCCGCACGUUUGAAUGCUACCGCCGCCGUACGCCGUGCCCUUGUCAUGUCGCUGUCGUUCGCCACGCGAUUUAUUCUGCGCCUUGUGGAGUUUGCCCCCAUGUUGUCCAGGGACGCCCCGGCUGUGCAGUGGCUCCGAUCAGAGGAACAGCUCGUGGAAGUUGCCAUCUUUGCGGCGCUCGCGGCGUGUAGCGGCGGUGCGACGCCGGAGGAGCACGACAUCGUGGAGGCAAUGGAUGCGGUGGGCACUCUUGUCCCACACCGCUGGGAUCUUCCCUAUGCCAUUGCGCUCCACUGCCCGCUCCCUGCACCGCAGAGCGCCAAGCCGCCGGCUCGCACACUCCGCCAGCGGCUGGCGGCUGCGCUGCAAUACUGCGGGCCGUGGCCAGGCGGCAUAGUUUUGGCGCUUCUUCUCCAAGCAGCUUGGCCCGCACUUGCUGCCAACAAAGACGAUGUUCUGCUUCCAGAUUAUAGGCAACUCCUGGAAGUUAUGACAACUCUUAGCGUAGACCGUCGCUGGCACGUGUUUUCGACAACUCCUUCACUUCCACAGGAGGCCGCACGGCCGCUGUUGCGUCUUGUGGCAUUGCGGCACCGCCAGGCCUCCACAGCCGCGUGUAUCAUACUGGGGAAUGCCCUGCCACGCCAACAAGAGCAGCGGGGGCGGCAGAGGUGCCGUGGGGUUUGGAAUACCCUUUCCACGAGCGAUGCGGCAGUGCAGUUCCUUGCAAUCGCUCACGUGGUGGCGCCGUUAUUGGGGUCGCGUUCCAGCUCGCAGGAAAGGAAGCAGCAGCAGCAGCUGUUAGCAGACAUGACGUCUUGGAUCUCGUCGUCCUCGGCCUCCUAUUCCUCGCUUAGUUGGUCGUGGCACUCGCUCUCGGCGGAGGCGCAGCAGCUUCUACUUUGGAGCCGCGUCCUUCUCGCACUGCCGCGGCGGCCGAGUAUGGGAGAAUCGAAAAAUGACACAGAUGCCGCGGAGCAGAACACGCUUGCAGCCGCCGUUGCACUCGUGACAUCCCCCCGCGCUGCCUCCUUUCCCCACUCUUUCCACUCUGUUAAGAGGGAGCGGGCACUACCCGCGCCGUGGUCUGCCACUAAUGACGCGAGGACGGCUGGCUCUUCUUGUGUGCUGUGUUUUCCUCAGGCCCUGUUCAAUACCGCAUGGGUGGCGGAGAUGUACGCAAAACAGUUUGUGCCGGGGCAUUCGUCCACCUACUCGCGUUUGUGCCGUGCGCUGCGCGUUCUUCCUGACCCGUCACUCGCGGUGGCGCGUGCACAUGUCAUGGACGAUGAUGAGACAAACGCCACGGAGUCGCUGUUUGCCACGCCGUCUGGCUUCAGCAGCUUGCAGUACGUCUCUGCAUUAGUCCACACUGCAAAUGAGGCGGCGGAGCUGCGGAGUGAGCAGGUUUUUUUGCUGUUGCUUGCGUGCAGUCAGUCCAUGCAGGAGGCGUCCGAGCUGCUGGAGGGUCGCUUGUCCCAGCGACCGUACAGGGCCCUUCGCAUGCAGUCAUUACUCGCUGCGUGGAACACGCUACUCAUUCGGUCUGUGGAACUUGGACGGGAGGGAGAGGCGGGGGCGCCGCCAAGGGGUCACAGUGCGGUGACGCAUGCGGAUGGGGCCGUGGAAGAGCAUAAGAAUGGGGAAAACGAAGAGGCGUCGUUGCGUCACCGUGUCGCUGCCGCGUUUCUCGCAUUGGCCCUCGCCACCGGAAAAAAAGGGUGCGAUACAUCCAUCUCCAUGCCAUCUCCACACUCGGAGGAAGAGGCGGAGGAGGAGGAGCAGCGGCAAAGGCUGUACAAAGAGAUAUUUGCUCACGGUGCCUCUGUAGAUGCAUUGCUGGGCGCCGCUCAGAACGCGACUCUCAGUGAGUCACGCUUUCGUCAGGCAUCGGCUGACAUUGUGGCGCGUGCGACUUCGCUUUUGCCGACAGGCCACACUUGCACUUCCUUUUUUGAUGCCUGCCACACAUCGGCUCUUGAAUUCGCGCGGCAGUACAUGAGCGGUGACGCCGGGCGAUGGAUUUCACUAUGGCCGCCUUUAACGUUAGAGAUGUGGCGCUCGUGUGGGUACGCCAAGUGUCUUCAGGAGCAGAAGCAGAGCCCCACCUCGCCCUGUAAACUGCGCCAUCCUGUCGCGGUGUCGUGGGCGUUGCAGCAAAGUGCCGCUCACGCGUCUCGCCUCGGUACCGUGGCACGACCGCUGAUGGCGCUUUUCAACACGCUUCGGUUGUACGUGGUGACUGGGACGGCGUUGUUUCCCCCGGCGUGGGCGGCGCCGCCCGCGACGGAGGCCGCAAAGGCGACGGGGGAGAACCCCGCGGCGUUGCCUGGCGUUCGAGGCGCAGGCGCCGGAGUAGUUGUGGACGCCUUCCUCUCAAUGGCUUUGCGGGAGGGGCCGCCCACCCACCCCCGCGGCGGCACGGAGGCGCGGGAUCGCGAUGUCAUUCGCCACCUUGUUGACGCCGUCUUUUCUCGCUCAAGCACUCCUGACGCGUCGGUUCCCACGUCCGCCUCGUCGUCGUUUCUCUCUGGAUACACGCCGCUAACGACGGGCGGGCUGCAGUCUCUGGUGCGUCUUGUAGUGCUGCGGGAUGGCUUUGACAAGCGUCGCACCGCAAGUGUCAACCACGUGGAGCAGUUUUCGCGACUGGAGGAACGGCGUGCGAUGGCGCGCCGCACUGCUGCACGCCACGCCGGAUUGCCGCUGACACGCGUGCACUUUGGCCUCCCGCGAGGUCCGCGCGAUGCGCAGGUGCAGCUUUUGUUUUACCUCCGCGCCCUUGCCGCCACGCUCAUGUUUGUGAAUCCGAUGGCGUGGCACGACGGACGGCAGGCCUCCCUCGAUUUUGCCUUCACAGCAGUGAUGGAUUUUUUGCACCUGUGCUCCGCCUCGUACGGCGAGGAGGUCGACAUCGCGUCACGCCAAGUGACAGCCGAGCUGGAGGGCAUCUUUGGCCGUGGCGUGAUGCGCGUCAUCUCUGCAGCCACGUCGCAGCCAGAAGGCGUUGUCACGCCGCGGCAAUUAUUGCACUUCUUGACUGGAAGCUGGAACCACCACCACCACCAACGAGAGCCGAAAGGGAGGCAGCGCGACGAGGCGCUGGCGCUCCAUCGGCAGCUGAGGAAGCUGCUGCAUCUGUACAGGCGGGCAGGUGCGGUCGCCGAUGUCUUGCUUCUCAAGGGUGACGACGUGGCGUCUGCGCCUCCUACGCCGCUAUUUGCGCAGAUGACAGUCAUUGUGCGGGAGGCGCUUUGGAACACGGCCGUUGUUCCAUCGCAUGACGUUGUACUUGAGCUCCUCGACGCCGCCGUCAGCGCCAGCGCGGCCACCUCCGCGGCAGCCUCUGUGGCCGCGAUAUCUUCAGCGCGCUGCGGUCUGCAGCUCUUUGAGACGAUUGCGCCGUACAUCGUUGUGCCAACCCUCAUGUUGGAAAAAGUACUGAUGCUGUUGUUGGUGGUGAUGCGUCCUAACUUUGCUGGGGCAGCGGCAUGGGAGCAGGAAAAGGAGCUGUGUGAAGCAACGCUUCACCUUGUCCUUCGCCGCCUUCAGUACGUCCCACUUAACACCCCCACGGCCGUGGCGUUGUUGUCUGAGCUAUAUGCCGUUGCCAUAGCUAUGAAUACGACGUCCGCCACCUGCACGAGCGCGGGGAACGUGAGUGCGGGAACUCGUACCCGUCACUUCCCUCCACCGCCUGCGGGUGAGGCACCGCAACUGCCACAGGUGGAGUGGCUGCUGUGGCGUUGCGCAGUGGAAGCGCAACGGGUGUCAUGGGCACCCCUGCAGGAUGCGUUAUCGUCGUUGAGUGAUGAAUCACUGCGGCUGCUCCAACGUGGGUGUCUCGGUUUUCUCUUGCAGGAUCACAGGAAGACGCACUAUGACCCGCCGUUCCUCCGGCUUGGCAGGAUGCUUGACACUGUGAUCCUGCAAGGGUCCAGGGGAGCCAACGCAGGCACUAGCAGUGGCAUUCGCAAUGUUAACGGCAGUGGCAACUUCACCGCGCAACUGCUGCGCAUGCUGGAAUUGACCUCUACAGGGGUCGCAAGGAGUGUUGUUCCGUGGCGGCGUGCCCUGCAGUUUCUACCAGAGUCUCAGGAGGGAGGCGAAGAAGCCGUUGCAGGUGAGCUGCGGUUUCGGUUUUAUGUGAACUUGAUGUCGCAACUGCUUACUGCAGCAAACAAGGGGAACGAUGGAGUGCGUCAGGUGUGGCAACACGCACUCUCAGUCAUACUCCCGCAGCUCGUCGCUGCCAAGGAAGAAAAGGGCGUUGACACAAAUCUCAUCCAUUACGGGACCAUGUGUGCACUGCGGGCGAUUCACGUUGUUCAGCCGCCAAAUGAGUGGAAUCUGGCACUGCAGCUAACACUACAGCUCCCCGCCGCGGCACCGAAGUCAGUGUCGGUGUGGUCUUCCCCUGCGUCCGCGUUGUUUCACACGCUACGGUAUCUAGUCGAGGUGUGUGACGUGGCUACAAUCCCCAUUACAGCCCUGGUCUCGUACAUGCAGGUUGUCGCCAGGCAUCAAUUGCAUGAGGCGGCGCCCGAGCUUCUGACGAGGCAGCUCAACCGUUCAAAGGUGGUGGCCGCCUUUACCGCGCGUGUGCAGCGUCAUCCGCACCUUAGUUGGGUGGAUGCCCUCGCACUGUUGGAAUCCAUGAACGUAUUGCAACAGGGCCUUGCAAAAGCAACCCCCAGGGAGGACGGCAGCGCGGGCUAUAGUAACAGCGGUAGUGCGCAGGGAGGUGAGGUGGAACGGGUGCUCAUUCAAGCCAAGGGCGAGUUUGUCACCGCUGUCAUGGAUUGUCUGUAUAAAAAGCAGUCGUAUGAGUCACUGCUGCGUUUCGUCGAGGCAGCCCAGCAGUAUCAUCGUGUGAGCGGCCGCGAAUACUUGGCGUGGGUAAAUCACGCUGCCUCGGUCGUUGUGGCUCCAGGUCAAAGGGGCGGUUUCUCAGAAGUAUUGUCGUUACUCAACGGCACACUUGCGGGGAAGACGUUAGACGACAUAUUGCGGGAGCAGUCUGCAGCGGUGUUGAAGGAGCGUGUGUCUCUCAUGCGAGAUUUGCUGCGAAGUGGCCGGUCUCUGGAUGCUGCCGUGCUCACGCGACAGACCCCGGCCCUGUUGGGGACGCCUGAGUUUCAUGACGCCUGCGCACGCUUGAUGAAUCACUUGCGUCACGGUGCUCUUGUCUCCUUCUACGAUGCACUUCUUCACCCGGAGGAGGAGGAGGAGAAGAAGAUGGAGGUGGCGACGCGGCGGGUGGAUGCGGCCUGCCGUGAAGGGAGCGACCGACCCACGGCGGCGUUACUAGAAGAAGCUCACCGUGCAGAGGACGCAGACCUCCUGCGAUACGUUCCCAGUGAGGCGCUGCAGCAGGCAAUGGCAGCCUUUGCGGUUGUCGCAAAAGACGCGAAUGGCAUGAGCACGAGCGAGAAGAGAACGGGGCUUUGGAUUGCGGCGGCAUGGAUACGACGCGGAACGCCCCUCGUGCAGGCGCCGCACUCCCUUGCGGCGAUGCUGCGGUGGAUUCAGCGAGAUUUCAUGGGCGGCCCCGCAGAAAAAACGGAUGAGGCCCUUCACAUUCUCGCCGAUGCCGUGCGUGACGUGUUGCACGAGACAGUGUCCCACGGCAACGGCCACCCUGGAGAGACUUCUACUGCGAAGGCAUCACUGGCAGUAGACUUGGGUCGCGAGCGCGAGGUGGCAUGUUUACUUCUGGAGACCCUCUCAGGGAGGUUCCCUGGCAUUGCGUCGGAGCUGUGUGAAUCCCUGCUUCAAUGUGAGCGGCGUCCGACGAGGGGCGCUGGCGUUGGUACAACAGUCGAUCACGAUGGUGACAAUAAUAAUAACGGCAACGAGGCGUGGUGGAGUUUUCUGCGCUCCACGGCCACCUACAAUGCCGUGUUGAAGGAGGACUAUCAGCAUUCUUGCACGCUCGCCGCCAAUUCCGUGAGCCGCGGCAGUGACCGCGACCCCGUCGUGGAGUGGCGGGACCGCGCAUUAUUCCGUAGCGGUAGUGAGGGGGGCCAGGCAUGGGUCCAGGCACUGGCGGUGUACGCCGCUGCGCGAGCGCGCGUUGGGCAUUCAUCCAUGCGUGGUGCGCAUGUAGCGCGGCUUGUAAGACUCAUCACCGCCAGUGGUUCCCUCCGUGUCGUGGUCCCGGCGGCUCGCAAUAUUUUUUUUCAGUUUCCUUCUUCACCCCCUAACAGUGGUGUGUCUCCACUCUUUUUGGAUGCAAUGCUGCUUCUCUGCGGAGCAAUGCCUAAGCUGAAGCGACAUGCUUUGCGCCAGCUUCACCGUGCUGCGGAGGCGCAAUCAGAGGGGCUGCAGGCCAUACUUGAGGAUCUCCAUGAACUUAACCGCUUCGUCGGGGACGGACUGGCGUUGUUGCAGCAGCAGCAACAAAGGGCAUCUACGCUGCAGGGUGCUGCACUGGAUGGACGUGUGGAGUUGGUGUGCAACAUGCUUCGGUGUCUUACCGUUACGCUCGCAGCAUCUACCACGUCCGUUGCAGCGCUGGAGGAGUGGCGGUCACUCACCCAGCGCAUCCUUACGGCCCUGCCACCCGCGCAACGCAGCGGUGAUGUACUAGACGCCCUCAUGGACAGCGUGCGGGACUCCUUUGAGGUGCUUUCUCUUCUACGCCGACACCCUGCGCCUGCCUUAGCAAGUUGCCAAGAGGCCUGUAAUGGGCUUUGGUGCAAUGCAUUGGGAAUUAUCUCUGCAGAUGAGGGCGUCCGGCGCCACAUGUUUGCCUACGCAAACGCAGAGCAGCAAACAGCAAUGACGCAGCUUGAGAUUUUAAUCUGUUCUGCGAGCCUUGCUGCGGAUCAUGGAGUGGCGGCGAUGAGGUCCCUUUGUGACGUUGCUGUGCGAACCCACGCUGUGCCGCUUUCAGAGGAUGCGAAGGCGCUGGUGAAGAUGGCUUGUAUACACGGCAAAGGAACUGCAUGGCGCUCUGAGUAUGAGGCAAUAACAGGCUUUGCGCCGACCACAGUGCGGCGACAGACGACACUUGCCCAUGCGGAGGAGGCACUGGAGCAAACUCGCUGUUUGCGCGCGCUGGACGCAGUGGAGGAUUGGGUGCAGGCUUUGCGCUUGUGCCAGGCGAAGCGUGAAGCUGGAGUCCGUUUGCGGCACGCACACUACCACCGCAUGCUGCAUCUCCUGCGGCAACACAGCACGGAGGAUGCCGAGGCGACGACUGUAAGCACAGCUGUGGCUGAGGCAGUAGUGGGGCUGCAUUUUGCGCGACUGCAGGAUGGUUGCUUCCCAAACACGCACUCGAUAGAACAGUCACUCCACAUCUUGUCUGCUCAAUCGCUCUCCCCACUUUUUGCGCUUCAGUACGCGCAGGCACUAACGCUCCUUCCCCCGCUAACCAAUCGCCGACACAAAAAACCUGAAUGUCACGGCAGCGGUACUGACCCUGCCAGCCCCUCUUCCUCCUCCUCGCCUGCGCAGGAGGACAUGUCUUUCGCUGUUUCAACUGCCAUGCUGCGCCUAGUUACAGGGGUGGCCUUGCGCCUUCCUGACGCCGUGCGUCAGCACCGCCUAACUGUAAAUGAGGGUGUGGAGGGAAUUCACAUGUUUGCCGCCUUUAUUCGUUGGGUGAGUGAAUUCAGUCGUGUGCCAUGCUUUGAUCGCGACGUGGUGGAGCGUGUUGUGCUGCUUCUCUGCACCCCACCGAAGCAACUCCUCUUCGAGUUCACUGCGACACGCGACGGUGCCCCCCGCUGCGAGACGGGUGAUGCGAGGCAUUUAUUGCUCACCGCUUUGCUAAAGCGUUCUGAUGGCGGCACACCCAUCGUCGAUCUCCCCUUUCCUGUGACGUCCCUGGAAUCUUACCGCUUCAUCUCGCUACGCUGCGGCCAUAAUGAGGAAGAUGAGAAGGAAAAUGAAGGGUAUAUUCCUACGCCCGCAACAUUGUUUGUGCUACGCGGUAAUGCGGAGGUGGCGCUACGUUUUGUGGGGAAGCAGGCAUCACUGCAUCACGUGCUGCGCCCAUCCAAUUCGCUGCUUUGCCGUAUGUGCGCCGCCGUGGUGGCUGGCGCGACAGUCACCGCAGAAUGCUUGCAGCCACUGAGCCAACUUGUGCAGAACACGGAUCUUAUUUCUCCUUCGCUGCGUUACCUGUUGACACUUAUCGUCGCGGAGCAGUCGACACUCUGGGGAGUUUAUUACAGCGGGGGAUCGGACCCCACGAAAACGGGCGGUGGUGGGCAUCGGAUGGGAAGAAGCGAGGAUGUGCCAGCGUCUGUGGUGCUGCGCGCCGUGGCCGGCGCAUACGAUGUGGUGCGGCAGCACUUUACGCCACCCGACGCGUUGAUGCUGCGCGGCCUGCUGCUCCCGAAGCACUUGUGUACUGCGGCGACGAAAGCCAAUCACGGCGGCGAUCGUGGGGAGGAGGAAGAUCAGUGUGGCGAAGGGGCCAUGAAAGCAUCAGAAGGGAAGGAGGAAGAGGAGGAUGGGGCUGCCCUGGAUCCGCUUGCACCGAGCCUCGUGUGGGAGAAUGCGUUAAAUUUGUUCAAUGUUUUUCUGCACAACGCCCAGCCGAACGCCGAUCUUUCCGUGCCGUUCGAGGCGCUGAUUGAACUGUUGUGUCGCUGCGGCCAGUGGAAUGCCGCCUGCCGCAGCGUCACACUCGCCGGGAACCCGACGAAGAGCACAAUGAGCACGCAUCAAACGGCGCGGCACAGGAAUGCCGAGGAGGAGGAGGGGGAGGUGUCACGCCUACUUCCCCGCCAUGUGGUGGUGGACGGCUUUCUCCUUAAACGGCUCCUCGACGCCAUGGAGGCUGCGCGGCAACGCCAUCACGCACAGGAAGAGAAACGCGCGAGCGAAGCUUGUCUUCACACCAGCUGUGGGCCGCCAGGCUUUUGGCGGCUAGCCCUGUACAUUCUCCUUCAGCAGCAGCAGGCGCUUCUUAUCCCCGAGGAAAAUCCCCUGCACGGUGCCAAAAAAUGCGACCUGAGGGUUGCAUCCGUGGCGCUGCUGGCUUUGAUGAAGGCGAUCUCGCAGGGCAGAGGCGGCUGA